ACACUCGAUAGAAAUUUCUCCAGAUUCUGUUUCAUGUUGUGAACCCUCGCCAGUUAUUAAAUGCCUCUAUGGCAGAUGGCGAGAAAAAUUCAAGUUGUCUUGAGAAGUUUUCAUGCUCCCGUGGAUGAAAGAAAAACUGUCUGGCAGUCGUCAAAGGUUGAUAAACAUUUGGAACAGGCGUUGUGAUAGCGAAACCAAAGAAUUUACCCGAAACGACAUGUUUGUUUCUGACACCACUAGUUUAUUUGAAAGUGAUUCUGUGAGGUUGAGUGUCAUUAGUAUAGAAGGAAAUGUAUGGAAUAUCGAUGCCGCCCCGGAUUUCACUGUCGAAAAGAUAAAAACCAUGGCACUGUGUCACUUUUAUAAUCCUUUGGAAACUGUUAAGGUUACCCCUAAUUACAAGCUUGUCCUUGUAACAGGGAAAAGACUGCUAGUGAAUGAUAAUUCAGUUGUGCAAGAAGGUUUAAAAGAUAAUGAUGAACUGCUCUUAGUAGAAAAGAGACAGCCUUCCGCUAAAGAAAAUUUGAAUGAAGAUACUUUGAGAGCCCCAACAGAAGAAGAAAUACAUGGUGCCACAAAGGGAUUAGAACCAAAAAACACUUUAAAAAUGUACCCGCCUCAUGAAUGCUCAGCAGAUUUUCAGAGUGAAAUACGUAAAAUACUUAUUUCAUUGGUGGAAGCUUCAGCAAGAAUUUUGACACCAAGCCCUAAUGCAGAGGAAGUUUUUCAGUUAAUCCGGGAACGAUUAGAUAGUAAAGGAAAACCUCAGCCUGAUCCUCGAUCUGUCAAACAGCUUGUUGAUAUGGGCUUUUCAGAACAAAUUGCAGCUAAAGCACUGAGAAUGAACAGCUUGAACCAGAGAGAUGCUUUGGAUUGGUUGCUGGAACAUGGAAAGAAUGCAGAAAAUGUUUCUGAAUCUCUGGAAGAGAGUUCUGAUGAUUUAGUAAGUGGUAAGGCAGGAUCACAGAGUACUUCAGCAUCCAAAAAAGGUCAUAUCAAAAAAUCAGUUACUCAGACUGUAGCUUCUCUCUUGGAUUCUUUUCGUGCAUUCAAACGCCAGGAUUUUAAACCAAAUACCAAAGCUCUAAAUAAUUUAAUGGAGAUGGGUUUUGGUGAAGAUGAUGCUAUUGAUGCAUUGCGAAUAACAGGAAAUAACCAAGCCUCUGCAUGUGAGUGGCUACUUGGUGAAAGAAGGCCAAGCUUAGAAGAUUUGGAUACAGGUCUUGAUCCAGAAGGACCUAUAUACAAGGCAAUAAUGUCUAAUCCUGCUAUUCAACUGAGCCUUACUAGCCCAAAGAUGUUAUAUGCAUUCCUUUCAAUGUUGGAAAAUCCAAAUAGUGCUAAUGUAUGGAUUAAUGACCCUGAUGCUUCUCCUGUAUUAAGUCAGAUUUUUAAGACUUAUCAUUCUGAGAAGCAUGCCAUUCAAAUGAAUCGUUAUGUGGAACAGCAACAUCAGAACCAACUUCAGAAGGAUCAGAGGCGACAGACUGGCCAGAUGCAACAACAAUAGAAAUAAAAGUAAUUCAAGAAACUUAGACAUAUACAAAUGUUUAUGUCAUGGAGAAAUGAAAUGUUCAGUGUUAUACUACUUUGAUAAAUUUAUUGGUAAUACUCACAGCACAAGGACUCAACUGUUUUGUUUAAAAUAAGAAAAAAUGAAAAAUUGGAAGAAGAAGAAAAAAACAGAAAAACAUAUGAACAAACAAGUUGUUUUAUUCCUCUGCUUCCUAACUUGCAAAGAUAUAAAUACAUAUUAUUUAAAAAGUAUUUUACACACAGUAAUUAUGUUUGGAGAUGACAUUCAGUAACCAUUGUGAUGGUUUGAAUAUUUCCAUUGUUUUGUUUGGAUAAAAACAGUAAAAUUUUUUAAAAAAUGAUCUGGUCUAAUCUCUCUCAGAUGAAAUGCUUUGAUAGUUUUUGUUCCGAUGAAUCCAAAAUUCAGAAAGGUGCAAUGUCCUCAGAAGUGAUUAGAUAUUUUUAACAUUUUAAGCAUUUGUUCAAAUUUAAUGAUAUAGCUCAGAUUAUUUUAUCUUUGUGCUUUUAAAACUACUGUGCACAUACUAUGCAAGGUUUUGUUACGCGUGUGCUUUAAGCCAAAAUUCCUAGAAACAGUUUGAAGGGAUUCAAUGUAUAAAAUUUGAAGAAAGUUUAAAAAUCUAAUUGCCAAACUGGUAAAGAGUAAAAUAUCAACAAAAUCUUUGAGAAAAAAAUAUUUAUUUGAUAGAAGCAUUACCUUAGAAUGAAUGCUUUGAAAAUAUUUUCCCAACUACUAUGUAACUUAAAUACAACUUUUCAUUAACUUUGGAAUAUAUGUAAUAAAAUAUUUAAUAGAUUUUUGAAUUAUUUUUGUGUAAUCAAACUAAUCAAUUAUUUUAAUUUUUGCUACAAUUUUUGGAAUUAUGAAGUAGACUAAGAUUAUACAUUGAACAGCUGGUGUGUUACCAGAACAACGUUAUUGAAUUGAAAAUUCUGUUUAUGUAUUUUCAAAAAAUAACAUUUUGUUUUGAGUCUGAGAUAAAAAAGUGUUCUUUAGUUCGUUUUGGAUUUUUACACAAAUCUCUUUUAAAGGUAAUUGUUUUAAAUGAAUCACUGUUUCUGUUCAGUAAAUUUAAGAAGAUUUUAACUGUUAUUUUGAAAACUAAAUGAAUUUGGGAAAUCUUUCUCAACUUUCACAUGUACUUGUGGAAAAUUUAAAAGUUGUUCGUAAUGUUUAAUUAUUUUGGGCAGCAACCAUACUGGACAUUGAAUAAGUUGCGUCUCUCUCCUAGACUUCGUUAAAUUCUGCUGGUCAGUGGUGAACAAAUUCUUUUAAUUUAAUUAUCCAAUUUUGGAUUAUCUUUUCACCAUGCAGAAAUGAGUGAUUUUGAGUUAUACAUUAUAGAAUGGAGCAAAUUCAAUGUGAUGUGUAAAGUGUUUUGAAGAUGAGCCAAAUUGUUUGGAAUAAAUAGCUAAGCAGCAUUUCCUACUUUUCAAAAAUAAAAAUUAAAAGUUUGAAGUUUAAAAAUCUUACGUGUUCUAAUGGGACAGUGCUCACAAUUUCUUGAAACAUUCUCUGUUUGCAAUUAAACUCUUUUUAUAAAAAUCCAUCCUCGAUCACCAGGGACAUUAAUAUAGUGGUGGAUUUUCAAAAACUGGCAUUUAAAUUUUUGGUUGCAUAAUGCCGUUUGAUUGAUGACCUUAAGGCAUUUGUUUAUUGGCAUUAGGCUUAAUCCUUAACAUAUUUGAACGGUGAUGUUUCUAGUCAUUCAUGGAGUUUCUGACACAGUACUAUUAAUAAAUGUUAUUUUUAUUAUGUAUUUUCUUUAAUGUUUAUUACAAUAUUUAAAAUUUUAUGUGAAAUGAUUGUAUUGGAGGUAAAGAUACAAGUAAAAGGAAAUAUAUGGAAUGUAUUUUGUUAUUAAUACCACUAAGCCAAAUAGUAUUUGCUGCAAAAAGUAGGUGGUGUGUGUGUUUCCAGGGGAAAGUGUGAUUAGAAAGAUCUCCUGUGAGAAAAAUCUUUACCAGUUGUAAUCAUUAUUUGUGUUAUCUACUGUGAUAUUUUCUUAUUCCAAUUUUUUGAGGGAAGAAUUAUUAAAGUUUGAAUAAAAUAUAACAGACUACAUUACAGUAUGUCCAUAUUACAAAAAAAUAUAAUUGAAUUCUAUUUCACUAUAAAUCACAUUUAUGAACAUGUAUUAAAUUUAUCCCAAGCAAAUGUAACAGAAGUAUUCUAUGCUGUUUCGUAAUUUCUUUUUGACAUUCUCCAGAAUGCAGCAAUAAUUGUUGAAAGGCCGUGAAAUAUAAACAGAAGAGAUGAUAAUUAUUACUGAAUGAACUGCCUUUUUACUGCUUGUGGGAAAAUGCAUCUCAAAAAAUGAGUGGUCAAAAAUAGUUAAAAUUUCCGUCAUAUUAUUUGAUAAUUAAUGGAAAGUCCCAAUAUUACAGAAGAAACUGCAUGUUGAAAACCUAGCCACGAAAAUACAAUAGUUCCAGAUCCUCUAAUGUUAAUAAAUGGAAAUGAAUUAUAAAAACAUGUCAGAAUCAAUGUUUUCUGGGUUCCUGGAACUGAAAAAUGUAUUGAUGGCAAAAUAUCUGUCUGUCUGUGGACAAUUAGCUCCUCGACUGUUUGGAUGACAUUCUCCAAAAUUGAUAUUACAUGACCGAUCUGAACAAACUCGAGACCUUGCAAGUUUGAAAUGGAUAUUUUGAUUUUUGAGGAUACUUUUCAUGAAGUCUCGAUAUUUUCAAAAUGUUUGUCAAAUCUUUGCCCUCUUGUAGCCUAGAGGUCACUUUCGCUGUUCUUUUCUUUCUUAUAUAGAAUAAAGGGUACUGUAAAAAUAUGCUAGUUCUCAUUUUCAUUGAACAGUGAAUUUUUCAAAAUUACAAAUCUUAGAAAUAAUGUGAGAAAAUGUGCUCUUCUCUCCUCACUAGUUUUUCCUAAGGUGUAAUAAUUUUGGUGUAUCUUUUGUACUCUUUUGUCCAGUAGCGUUAAACAAAACAAUAUAACAAAGAAUUGAAGAUUUUUUAUGGUAAAGUCAGAAUUAACAUGUAAUAUUUAUUUGGAAAACUUGCUCAGUACAAAAUUUUCUUCCAGUGAAAGGUAAAAUAAAUAAAUAAAUAUGUUUGUUGUAAUAAUUAAUUUGUCAGCAGUUAAUUAUUACAGUAAAGAGGAGUUGACUAUAAAGCAGAGAUCUUUCUGUUUACGCUUAGCAAAGUUUACUUUAUUUGACGACUUAACCUUUUUGACACCAAUAUUUUAUGAAAUAUUGCAAUUUUAAUCAUAAUUACCAACAUUUAUGACAGAAAACUCUGAUUUAAGAGAUUAAAUAUUAGUGAUGGUACAUAAUUUACAAUCACAAAAUUUUAAGUCCAUAUUUUCUUGCACUACUCUCAUUUAUUACAAGAAAGGGUAUUUAUUUGUAUAGGCAGUUAAGCUUUGCAUUGUGUAGUUCCUUUUUCCACUCCUCUGUUUAUAAAGAAAAAAAAUAAACAAUGAAUUCAAACACUUUGAUACUUAUUUUGCUGAUUGUUAUUUGUGACAAAGGAAAUUUGAAAAAGUCUGUGAUAUAAAUGUUUAUUAGUCUGAAAUCCUGUGUUUAUAUUCUAUAACAAUGGUCUUGUGGCAAUGAGUGUGUAACUGCGCUUAAAAUGCAUGUUUGUAAACUGUACUUUGUAUGUUAAAAUUGUUUUAUCUUAGUGAAUACAAAAAUGAAUUAUAGUUCUGCUUGUCAAUCUGAUGUCAUCCAAUUGAGACAUUAAAAAAUACACUACUUGUGCAGGUAAAAAUAUUAUAUUUAUCCAAUAAAGAAGACGAUCUGUUUAAAAAUGUAUGCAAAAAUCACAUAUCAUACAUAGUAAAUACUUCACUGAAGUUAAUGCACGAUAUACAGAGCCACAUAUAGGAUUUUUUAUGGGGAGGGGCUAAGGGUAGAAUCCAAAAGACUUUUUUUCUUAUAAAGAAUUUUUUAUUUAUCCUGAUCAUAGAACAUUUUUAGAUAUUAAUUUAUAGUUAAUACGUAUAAUGUUAACCAUUGAUACAUUGAAUAACUUUCAUUAGUAUAGAAAAUUAGUGAAAGCUGUAUUUUUGAAAUGUGUAAACGUCU